CCUCGCCUAACGUGAGGACCCUUGAUCUCUGGCCCAAGAUGGCAGCGCCCAUAGCACCGCUCUUGGUGCUACCCUGAGGUGAACUAAGACCGAGAGCCCCGCAUCAUGUCGAAGCUGAGCCGCGCCACUCGGGCCCUCAAGAAGCCCGAGGCCAGCGGCGUGAUCCGGACCAUCGUGCGGGCAGGCCAGGCCAUGCCCGGGCCCCCGCUCGGCCCCAUCCUGGGUCAGCGGGGCGUUUCUAUCAACCAGUUCUGCAAGGAGUUCAACGAGAGGACGAAGGACAUCAUAGAAGGCAUUCCCCUGCCCACGAAGAUUUUUGUGAAGCCUGACAGGACAUUUGAAAUCAAGAUUGGACAACCCACCGUUUCCUACUUCUUGAAGGCAGCUGCUGGGAUUGAGAAGGGGGCCCGGCAGACUGGGAAAGAGGUGGCAGGCUUGGUGUCUUUGAAGCACAUAUAUGAGAUUGCCCUGGUCAAAGCCCAGGAUGAUGCCUUCGCCCUACAGGAUGUACACCUGUCCUCUGUCGUCCGCUCCAUCGUUGGCUCUGCCCGAUCCCUGGGCAUCCGCGUGGUGAAGGACCUCAGUGUGGAAGAACUGGCAGCCUUCCAGAAGGAGCGAGCUGAAUUUCUGGCUGCUCAGAAAGAGGCAGAUUUGGCAGCCCAGGCAGAAGCUGCCAAGAAGUGACCCCUGCCCUCUGUACUUGAGGAGUCUGAAGGAGGCAGCUGAAAGGGAGCCAGAGGGAAGGGAGGUCACACCAACAUGUGUGUUUUCCUGACUUCAAAUGA